AUGUCUUCCUUUGAUCCUACUAGUGUCAAUUUGAAGCUGGUCAGCAAAGAGGAUGUCCUGUGCUACCUGGCAAUCGAAGAUAACCAGUACAAUGGCCACCUGGGUGCUCGCAUUUCCUCAAUCUUCGUGAUUCUAUUCGUGACCUCAGCCUUCAUCAGCCUUCCCUGUCUUUCCAGUGGAAAAUCCCGUUUGGCGUGUACAUCUUUGUUCGAUACUUCGGCACGGGAGUUAUCGUCGCCACAGCCUUCGUCCAUCUGCUGGACCCAGCCUACAAACGAAUUGGCCCGAAUACUUGCGUCGGCGUAUCGGGAUACUGGGGGUGAAUAUUCCUGGUGUGCAGCUAUUGUUCUCGCCACCGUGAUGGGGAUAUUCCUCCUCGAUCUGGCAGCAGAGGUUUAUGUCGAGCACAAAUAUGGCGUUCAUCGGGCUGAAGGCGCCACGAGCGCUUUUGUGCAGCACGAACAUCACCUUGAUGUCCAACCUGUACCCGAUGCCGAAAAGACUGUGCAAGCAUAUGACAACGAGAAAAACAACCGGGCCUCUGGGGAGACAGACUCAACCAUCGCCGAGCGGUCUUUCCGGCAACAAAUAGCCGCUUUCCUCCUGCUCGAGUUUGGUAUCAUCUUCCAUUCCGUCAUUAUUGGCCUCAAUCUCGGCGUCACAGGCUCUGAGUUCGCAACUUGA